ACACCUGACAAAAUCCAAUACACGACUUACCUUGAUGUAAAACCUUCCAGGCAUCAUAUCCGUACAUCAAUGGUGCGAAUGCGUCCAAAAAGUUACCGGCCUGCAUCUUCCGUGGCGAGCAUUAGCCCCGAAGUUGGCUGCGAUACAUGAAGAUGGAAAGCACGUCUAUUAUCACAAUAAUCUAUCUGUCGUACAGCUUGGAAAGGGUAAAAAACAGGAUCGAGACGUUGUCGAAUCCCUGUAUCGCCACAAAAGCACGUUGGAGACGUUGUUUCGAUUCAUGGAUAAAGACAACUCAGGACAAGUUUCGAUGCAGGAGUUUAUCGAUGCUAUUCAGGUGCUUGGAAAGUACACAAAACGGACUUUGUCACAAGAUUACGUGGCUCAAAUAGCCGAGAGCAUCGACUUCAACAAGGACGGAUUCAUCGAUCUCAACGAGCUGUUGGAGGCAUUCCGAAUAGUGGAUCAACAGAACGGCAUCUAG